GUCCUCAUUCAGUAUUGUAGCACCAGCCAUCAUAAGAUCAGAGACGUUUUCCUGCAGCUACAACUCAACAAAUCCCAUUUCUCAGUGAGGUGGUGUCUUCAGAUCAAGAAAAACUACAACUUUCAGCCAUAAAAUGAUCUGGAGAAGAAAACUUUUGACGCCUGCAACAUUUUUGAUCAUCAUGAUGAAAAUCUUUCCUGGUCACACUCUAAGAUGUUAUCCAGCAGAAUAUCCGAUAGGGAACGAAUGCUGUCCAAUGUGUCCUGCAGGAAGUCGAGUUAAAACUGACUGUUCAGAGUUCAGAUCAACAUCAUGUCUGUCCUGCCUCCAUGGAACCUUUAUAGAUAAACCCACUGGACGGAAGGAAUGUCUCCCCUGCACCAACUGUGAUGAAGAUUUGGGUCUGAAGGUAAAGACAUCAUGUACAACAACAUCAGAUACAGUUUGUGAACCACUGGAGGGGUUCUACUGUAUUGAUCCAAUAGGAAACAACUGUGCAGCAGCACGUAAACACAGAAUCUGUCAUCCAGGACAAUACAUCAACCAAACAGGAACAGCCUUCACAGACACUGUGUGCUCUGACUGCACCACUGGAACAUUUUCAGAUGGAACAUUUACAUCUUGUCAGCCACAUUUUCAAUGUGAAUCAAUAAACCUUCAACUGAUAAAAGCAGGAAAUGCUUCUACUGAUGCUGAAUGUAGAAGAAAAAGUUCAAAUGUCUCAGCAGCUGUGACCAUCCCCUGUGUUUUACUUUUUUUAUUAAUACUUGCUGGAUUAAUUUAUUUAUUUUACUUCAGAAAGAAGAAAACAGGUUUGCAACAAGCGGGCGAGCUGUUCCAUGAAUCGGGACGAGGGGGACUCCGUCCUCCAGAGACCGCGGGGGCGUGGCCGUUCUGUCAGAUCAUGACAGAUCACGUCAUCAUGCGUCAGAUGACGCUCUGA